GGAGGCAAAUAAGAGAAGGGCAUGUGAAAUUGUGAAUAUAGUAAGGACGCGUGGUUCCCUCUCCCCUUGUCUGUGAUUGCUUUUAAGCUCUUCUUCCCACUCACCUUCCAGUUCCAAUUCCAUUUGGAAAACCUUUUCCAAUCCCAUUUCUCUCUCUCUCUCUCUCUCUUUGAUUCAUUCUUCAAUUUUCACAAACAAAACCUCCACAAUUCUCAACCAUCUCAAAAACCAAAACCUCCCAACAACAACAACAACACAGGUAUAUUGUGAAAUUGUUUUCUUCAAUGGAGUCGACGAUCUCAAACCCGGAUUUCAACAUAGAAGAAGAAGAGUUGAAGCGAACGAAGCGUAGAAAAACCGAGACGCGAGAUCCGGAAUCGGAUCCAAAACCCGAGACGAUCAGAUGGAGAUCCGAAUCGGAGCAACGAAACUACUCCUCAAAGCUCGUCGAAGCUCUCCGCCAAGUCCGCCGCAAUUCCUCCUCCUCCUCCUCCUCGCCGUCGUCAGCCAAGCUCUCCUCCUCCUCCUCCGUAGGACGACACCGCGAGAUCCGAGACGCGGCGAACCGAGUUCUCGCCGUAUCGGCCAAAGGAAAAACCCGGUGGAGCCGGGCGAUUCUAACGAGUCGACUCAGUUCGAAACUCGCCCACAACAACACGAAGCACAAGAAAGGAGCGAACAGAGCCGGCGCCAAGGUGACCGGCUGUAGCCGGUUGAGUAGGCCGGAGAAGAAGAGGUUACCGGCUGUGCAAAGGAAAGUGAAGGUUUUGGGCCGGUUAGUUCCCGGUUGCCGAAAAGUCUCGCUGCCAAACCUUUUAGAAGAAGCCACUGAUUACAUAGCGGCUUUGCAGAUGCAAGUCCGAGCCAUGACUAAAAUCACUGAGAUUCUUACCGGCGCUCCGGUUAACCGGCUCGGUUCGAGCUGACUCUACAAAAAAAAAAAAAAAAAAAAAAA